CGACCACAUCGCCCACUCCCUCCGCCUCGACGCUAUCCGCACGGCUCGGUAUGACAGUUCGGGUCGCUUCUUCUAGUGCCUGUCAGGAUCGCACGAGGAGCCCACCCGCCAGCCUUCCUCUCUCCCGCGACUCGGCCCGUCCUCAGCGAUACUGCUGCCAGUCUGUGCUGUAGUCCACCAUGGGCGGCCCCAAUAAUCAUCCUGUGAACAGUCGCUCCCUCCGUGAUGUGACGAGGUCGCUCCAGACCCACUUCACCACCGCAUCCAAAGUUCCCCCCAGUCUCCCCUCCGACAGCCGCCGCAUGCUGCAGUCCUUUAUCGACGACCAUCAUGGCGAAAUCGACCGCGACGAGGCUGCUCGAGCCAACGAUGAGCUCAAGUCGUUCUGGAACAGGCACGUGAUGGGACAGACAUCGAGACUGGGCGCUUUUGUGGGAGUUCUGAGAGAGCUGCGACCGGCGUUGGUUCGUGAAGAUGACAUCCUGGAGUGGUAUCAGUUGGCUGCACGACCAGUCAUCAACGCGGCCGGCUACAAGAAAGCCGCUGUCGAAGAUGCGCAGGAAUUCAUUACGAGCGUCAUGACCUACGAUGAAGACGAGCCUGAUCAGCUGCAGCGAGAUCGCACGUCCGCACGCAUAUGCGCCGAUCUGCUCAACAUCUAUCUCUCGCGAACUCGCAGCUUGAAUGAAGACGAUCCAUGUAUUGCUCCCGAAGUCGCCGUCAUCUCUCAGCAAGUCGAGACGAUACUUGUGCAAUUUGGAAAGAAGAUGCCUCGUCGCCUCUUCCACGCCGUGGAUGACUUGGUGGUGAAAGCGGAUUCGCGGUUGCAGGGGUUGACCUUGCUCAGCACGUUCCUUCAGCACCAAGCUGCACACUUGUACCAGGUCAUUCAGACGCCGCUCCUCGACACCUUGCUCAAAUGCUUGAUGAACGACACCUCGACCACGGUGUUGUCCGUGGCACUUACAUCGCUCAUCAUGCUGCUUCCACACGUUCCGGGUUCCCUACCCGAGCGACUGCCGCGGCUCUUCCUCAUCUACAGUCGGCUCUUGUGCUGGGAGCGCUUCUCGCCUUUGAGCGACGAUGCUCAGAAGAGUUUGGUGACCGACGACCGCAUCUCGUCCAGUCCCUACGACCAUGGGGACGUAGGCAUUGACCCGACAUGGGAGAAGUCUCGACCACGGCAUGGUAUGGUCGAAGCCACCACCCUGGAGCUCAAGACAUAUUUCACCUAUCUCUACGGACUCUAUCCACUCAACUUGAUGAGCUACAUCCGCAAACCACGAAAGUACCUGAAGGGCACCGAUUUCCCCGGCGCCGACGAAUUCGACCUGGACCAAGCGGUCAUUCGAAGCCGGACUGAUCAAUUUCGACAAGCACACCUCCUGCAUCCCAACUUCUAUCACUCGACCAUCGACGAAGAGCUCAUCGAUGUCAAGUGGCCGAAAAUGGAUCCUGCAGAUGUGGUGGCUGACUGUCAUGCACUUGUCAUUGACAGCACGCGAUCGUCCCUCGCCAGUCCGGGGCCUCCGCCGAGCGGCAAACUCCCACCGCUGCCCCCGCUGCCACCCAUACCCCAAAGCACGACGGGCGCCGUAUCGCCCGCAAUCAGUCACACCAGUUGCCGGUCUGGCAACAGUUGGAGAGACACACAGUCGACCGCCUUCGAGCCGGACAGCCCUGUGCUGGGACCUGCAGAUAGCGCUGAACUUCUUCGGCCCCGAAGUAAAGGUGUCGAUCCAGUGCGCGCAUCUCCCACCUCGCCCAUGGAUGAAUUUCCCGCGCCGCCCACAGGCGUGACCAAUGUGCAAGCUCAUGGAGCCAAGCAUGAUACACCGCACACCAACCUGGCCUAUCUCCAACGCGAGCUGACUCUCCUGCGCAGUGAUCUCAACUUUGAACGCUGGCAUAAGGCACAAUUUUCACAACACAUCGGGCAACUGAUGCGAAAGAACGUCCGAGAUGCGACUGUCGAGGCAGAGCACCUCAACCUGCUCAAUGCCAAUCGUGUGCUCAAGCAACAGCUGGAGCAGGUUCGCAGCGCGCGCGAGGCUACGAUCAAGGACUCGACUCUUACACGCAGACAGGCCAACAACCUCGAGGCCAAUAUGACGGAGCGCUUCAACAAGCUGAAAAAGGAGCAGGAAACGUGGACUGCUGAUGCAGAAGAGCUGCGCAAACUUCGAACUGAGAUGAAGACCUACCGCGAUCUCCUCAGCGAAUCCGAAGCCCGAGAAUUGAAGACCUCGCAUGACCUGGAGAUGGCGAAGCGCGACUUGAGCAGGUUGACGCAGUUGGAACAGCAGCUGGAAGAAUCCCGACAUAAAAUCAAGGCGUGGGAGUAUCGGGAGUGGGAGUUUGAGCAGGGCAAGCGUAAUCAAGAGUUCCUGUCCAGCGAGAAGGAGAUAUUACAGAUGAAGGUGAAGAGACAUGAGGAAGAUCUCGAGCGGACGAGGCGUAUCCACAGCGAUCGCAUCAAUGAGCUGGAAGCGUCCAUUGGCCCGAGGAGCAGUCUGGACCGAUCCCCUACGUCGGCCGGGACGAGAUCAGAAACUGCAGCAUCCCACGCGGCCACCCUUCGCGAGCUCGACGACACCAGGGCGAAGCUGGUGCAACUGAAGAAGUCUCACUCGAAGCUGCUCGAACGCUUCACCGAUAUGGAGCUCGAGUACCACUCUGUAAAAACACAAUUGGCCCGCCUCCGUGGUGAUGACGACUCCAGCUACAUCGACGCUUCCAUGCGCAGCGCUAACGGCGUCGGCAGUCCCAGAGAGUCUGCAAUCAUGUCUAAUAGUCUUUCUGCCGACAGAGCGGGUGUGCUUGAGAGCUACUACGAUGUCGGCAGUCACUACGGCGCGCCUUCCGAAUUGACCAAUGUCAGCAGGAGCGACCCGACACCGUGUCGCAACAAUCGCUAUCCCGUCUCGCCCGUGUCUCCUCCACGCACCGAGAUAUCGAUCGACGUGCCGGCUGGUCUGACGUGGACGCCGUCGAUUUCGAGAACGACGCCGCAGCACAGCGAUACGAGCGAGUCACAGCUAGUGUACAACAAGACCGCUCCUCUCGGCUCGGACGAGCGCAGCGUGGCCAGUGGCAGCAGCGAAAGUAAGAAAGCGAAGAUUGAUGCCAAGAGUGAAGUGCGAGUGUAUGGGCGUGGUGGUGCACAGAACAUCAAGCUCAAGACUAAAGAAGAACAGCAGAAGAAGGCGGAGAAGAAGAGUGGUUUUGGCAGUCGUCUUGGAAAGGGACUCGGCUUGAGUGGAUGAUGAUGAUGAUGAUGAUGGGAUGCCAUAUGACUUUGGAUAUGAUUGCUGUAUACCACCGACCUAUCUACCUGACAUAUGGGAUGGUGAUGUGAUUGCAGUACCUCCGACGCAGGAUUCAGCGCGGCGUUUUGGGCAGAGGUAGUUUUCUUAUUGGAUCCAUGUAUAAAUAUCUCUUCAUGUCCAUUUCCCC